CCCAGGUUGGGCGGCAGGGCGGGCAGUAGCGCCGAUAGCCUGGCAGAAGAGGAAGAGGAGGAUGAUGACGAGGAGGCUCCUGCCAGCGGCCGGUCCAGCCGCACCUCGUCGCUGGUGAGCGGGCUGCUCACCGAGCUCUACAGCGCUGCUGAGGUUGCUGCCCCCUCGGGCAGCACUCGCUCCCGCGACCUUCGGGAGCUGCCGCAGCGGCCGAGCCAGGUCAAGUACCUGCGGCUGAAAGAUGUCGAUGAAUUAACAACUCUAAAACGAGAGCUGACUUACAGAAUUUCUGUUCAAUCAGCAAAGUUGCUUCGUCUCCUGAAGCAGAAGGACAGGCUUCUGCAUAAAGUCCAGAAGAACUGUGAUAUUGUCACAGCUUGUUUGCAGGCAGUUUCCCAGAAACGAAGGGUUGAUACAAAAUUGAAAUUCACUCUUGAACCAUCUUUAGGUCAAAAUGGUUUUCAGCAGUGGCAUGAUGCACUCAAAGCAGUGGCCAGAUUGCCAACAGGCAUACCAAAGGAAUGGCGGAGAAAGGUUUGGCUGACCCUAGCUGAUCAGUACUUACACAGUAUAGCCAUUGACUGGGAUAAAACCAUGCGUUUCACAUUCAAUGAAAGAAGUAAUCCUGAUGAUGACUCCAUGGGAAUCCAGAUUGUAAAGGACCUCCACCGAACUGGUUGCAGUUCUUACUGUGGUCAAGAGGCAGAGCAAGAUCGAGUGGUACUAAAGCGUGUUUUGCUGGCUUAUGCCAGGUGGAAUAAAUCUGUUGGCUAUUGUCAAGGAUUUAACAUACUAGCUGCCCUUAUUCUGGAAGUAAUGGAGGGCAAUGAAGGGGAUGCCUUGAAAAUCAUGAUUUACCUAAUUGAUAAGGUGCUUCCUGAUAGCUAUUUUGUCAAUAAUCUGCGGGCUCUCUCUGUGGAUAUGGCUGUUUUCCGAGAUCUUUUACGAAUGAAGCUUCCGGAACUGUCCCAGCACUUGGACACCCUGCAGAGAGCUGCUAACAGAGAAAGUGGAGGAGGCUACGAACCCCCACUUACAAAUGUCUUCACAAUGCAGUGGUUUCUGACCCUCUUUGCCACUUGCCUGCCUAACCAUACCGUUCUGAAGAUCUGGGAUUCAGUAUUCUUUGAAGGCUCUGAAAUCAUACUGAGAGUAGCUCUGGCUAUCUGGGCAAAGUUAGGAGAGCAAAUAGAGUGUUGUGAAACUGCAGAUGAGUUUUACAGUACCAUGGGCAAGCUGACCCAGGAGAUGCUGGAAGACAGUCUGAUUGACAGCAAUGAACUCAUGCAGACUGUUUAUACCAUGGCUCAAUUUCCUUUCCCACAACUGGCAGAAUUAAGGGAGAAAUACACAUACAACAUUACUCCUUUCCCUGCAGCAGUAAAAUCAACCACGCUUUCAGGAAGGCUAGGGAGAGCCAAAGACAGCGAUGAAGAGAAUGACCUAGAUGAUGAAGAUUCAAUUGCCAAUGCAAUUGGCUGUCUUGGACCAUUAAGUGGGUUUUUGGCACCAGAGCUCCAAAAAUACCAGAAACAGAUGAAAGAUCAGAAUGAAGAACAAAGCCUGGGUUCCAGUAACAUUGCAGAGCUAAGUCCAGGAGCAAUAGACUCUUGCCGCAGCGAGUAUCAUGCUGCUUUUAACAGCAUGAUGAUGGAGCGUAUGACCACUGACAUCAACGCACUGAAAAAGCAAUAUUCCAGGAUAAAGAAGAAGCAGCAACAGCAGGUUCACCAUGUGUAUAUCAGAGCAGACAAAGGGCCAGUUACGAGCCUCCUCCCCUCUCAGGUAAACCAUUCCCCAGUGAUAAACCACCUCCUUUUAGGAAAGAAGAUGAAACUGAAUAACAAGUCUCUCAAGAAUGCUGUUAUUCACAUCCCAAGUUAUGCUACGGGGAAGAUGUCUCCCAUUCCCCAGGAAGAUCUUAAAACAAAACUGAACUCUCCGUGGCGCACUCACAUACGAGUCCACAGGAAGAACAUUGCCAGGGCCAAGGGCCAGCUGGGCUAUGGUGACACCAUAGGCCUGAUAGAUGAGCAGAGCGAGAGCUGUAAAACAAAUAGCCCUGGCAGGAAGGAAGAGACUUCCAAACAUUCUGACUUUGAAGAAAGAGGAGGAGGUGGUUUGGAUGAGAGGACUACUCAAGAAGCUGACCGGCAGACGUCUGAGACAGCCUUUACGGACAGCAGUACAAACAUGGCUGUGGUUCAGCUCAAGCUGGAAGCGCUGGAACUCACCUCAGAUAGCAAAGCCGACGCUGAGUCAGCAUCCCAUCAGGCUGGCCAGCCACGGUCAUCAGAGUCCUCCAGUUCAUCCAGCGACAGCGGAAACCUGCCUCGAGCUCAGCCCGGGAACCCAAAGCCGCAAGUCUUCAAUCCUUUCCCUAGCGUCAAACCUCUUCGCAAAUCAGCUACGGCCAGGAAUUUAGGGCUGUAUGGCCCCACGGAGAGAACCCCAACUGUACACUUCCCACAGAUGAGCAGGAGUUUCAGUAAGUCUGCCAGUGGCAACAGUGGGACCAGGAAACGAUGAUCUGCUACUACCUGGCACUUCCGAUUUCUGACAGCAACAACAGCAAAAUUGUAUAGUUUGGUUUGGGGGUUUUUGGUGUGGUUGGUUGGGUUGGUUGGUUGUUUUUUACUUUAAAAAAAAAAAAAGUGUGUGUGUAUGUGUGUCCCAAAGCAUUUCUGAUCUGUAAGUGAUGGGGACAAAAAGGUUAUUACUGGAUGUAUAACUAUGUGUCUUUGAAAAUUGUGCUCCCGUGUUGUUACGGGGUAGGUUAGUGAAAACGCACUCUGGCACCCUGCUGUUGAUUCUGAUGGUUCUGUGGUAAAAUAAAUGUUGAUUUGCAGUGUGAAGCAGGCAGUUGCUUUAAAUCAGACUGGGACAUAAAGUCACCAUCUGCCUUUUAACCCCUCAGCCCCUCCCUGGCUGCCUCUUGUCUCUUUCAAAGCUUGAAGGAUAAAUUACCUGCUGCAGCAGACAUGUCUAACAGUUUUUAUGACUGUUAGGCAGUCUUCCCCAUUAGACCUCAUUCAUAAUCACCCUCUCAAAGUAGCUGGAGAAGCCAUGACUAAUAGAAGCACAAGCAGCCCUAGCAAUCCAAAGUAUCACUUUGUGUCUGGCAUUAUCACUUACCUACUGGGCCAUCUGGCUUUAGAUGUUCUUGGGCAACAUUUUGUGCUUCUCUUGUCACAGCAGUCCUCUGCUGAUACUGUUUUUAAUACAGAUGUAAUCAAUGAGCAUGAGAAUAGCAGAUAAAAGUCCAUCCACAAUACUGGUUUGCUCCUUUUCUGUCCCAUAUGUACAUACACACAUUUCUGUUACUUGCUGCUGGAGAGUUGCAGCACUGCAGAUUUAGGAAUUAGCUACAACUCUGUGUGUAGUUGUAUGACUAUUACAGCAUAUCUUGUCUUCAGUGGAUUUAAAAGCUGUGACCUAGGUUAGGCUUGUAAGUAAAUCAUAUUUGCCAGUUUAGCAGUAGGUAAAAAUAUAUGAAUGUUCCAGAGUAGUUUAGGGCUUUAAAUUCUAUAGAGUGAUUAGAUACUUAGAGUGCCACUUAUCACUAAUAGCCAACACAUACACCACUGUGUAAGUGGGAUGGACCCACAGGGCUGCCAUGGGCCAGGUUCUGCUUUGCUGUGAAAGAGCACUGGCACAGCAAUAAGCUGAGUACUUCCUAAUCAAAAAGCAAAGCUGGUGAAUACCAUAAGUACUUUCUUUGUCUGUCUUUCUUUCUUUCUUUCUUUUUUUAAUCUUUCCCCCUCUAUAUAUUUGACAGGAAGGCAGAGAAACUAAAAGUGAGUAAUUUGUCUUCAGGGUUGCAAAAUCGGGCACUCAAGCUCCCAAGACAUUCAGGUGGCUCUGAAAACCAUUAAUGCUCUGCCACAUUGUAUGUGUUGACUGUGAUUCAUUACUUCAUUGCUUCCUACUUUCCCUUGAUAUGGAAGUGGCCAGUGCCAUUAUUUUAAGCUGGAGUAAAACCAGUAAUGAUGAAUCAGCCCCAAUUUCUUACUUCCUCUUUAAAAAUUCUUUGUGCAGAUUAAUAGAUGAUUGUCUAUUUGUUCACAUACCCCAUGACCUAUAGAAUGUGGUAUCAGUUUGACUGUAUACCAUGACCUAGAAGCUGUACAAUAUACCCUUGUUUAUUGUGGUGGGGACAGUUUUAUUUGGGUGUUGUUUCAGACAAGUGUAGGCAUUUAAAAUAAUGUACCAGUAUGAGCACUAUAAAUAGAAACCAGAUGUAGAUCAGAUCUUGCCCCUGCCUCAUCUUUAGGUUCUAGCAGUAUUAUCCCUGAUGAUUAUUUAUAGCGCUAAGUAAAUUGAAAAUGAAGUAGAACUUAGUUACUGAUCAUGGACUGUAUGGGAAUUGUUUCUGCCUUGAUUUAGAAGAAAUGGACUUCUCAAAAUGUUGCUGUGAAUCAGUCCUCCCCAGUUUUUUCUGAUCUUCAGUGUAUUGUGUGGCUGUGUACUGAACCAGUAAAAAUAAAAGGACUGUCAUUCUGCAAAACUGCUUCGAUGCUGCCAGUACGUGCGUGGAU